AUGCGUAUCCCCGUAGAUACCAGCACCAGCCGCCGCUUCACGCCGCCCUCCACCACGCUGAGCCCGGGGAAGAUGACCGAGCCGCUGCCGCUGCCCGGCGCCGAGCACAGCGGCGCCCUGCCCGGGAAGCUGCGCAGCGCCGACCGCAGCAUGGUGGAGGUCCUGGCGGAUCACCCCGGGGAGCUGGUGCGCACCGACAGCCCCAACUUCCUCUGCUCCGUGCUGCCCACCCACUGGCGCUGCAACAAGACGCUGCCCAUCGCCUUCAAGGUGGUGGCCUUGGGAGACGUGCCCGAUGGGACACUGGUAACGGUGAUGGCUGGAAACGAUGAAAACUACUCUGCAGAACUCAGAAACGCCACAGCCGCCAUGAAAAACCAAGUAGCGAGGUUCAACGACCUCCGAUUCGUGGGUAGAAGUGGAAGAGGGAAAAGCUUCACGCUGACUAUCACGGUCUUCACAAAUCCGCCACAAGUAGCCACAUACCACAGAGCCAUCAAGAUAACAGUGGACGGACCUCGUGAACCCAGAAGACAUCGUCAGAAAAUAGAUGAGCAGACAAAGCCCGGGAGCUUGUCCUUUUCAGAGCGCCUGAGUGAACUGGAGCAGUUGCGUCGUACGGCCAUGAGGGUCAGCCCACACCACCCAGCCCCCACACCCAACCCACGAGCCUCCUUGAACCACACCACUGCUUUUAACCCUCAGCCUCAGAGUCAGAUUCAGGGUCUCUUUUUCAUUGCAGACACAAGGCAAGUACAGCCAUCUCCACCAUGGUCCUACGACCAGUCCUACCAGUACCUGGGCUCCAUUGCCACCCCCUCCGUGCACCCCGCCACGCCAAUAUCACCCGGCAGGGCUAGCGGCAUGACAACCCUCACCGCAGAGCUUUCAAGCCGGCUGUCAAGUGCUUCUGACUUGACUGCAUUCAGUGACCCCCGGGUGGGAAUCGACCGCUCCUUCUCCGCGCUCCCUUCCAUCUCUGACCCUCGGAUGCACUACCCAGGAGCAUUCACCUACACGCCGACGCCUGUUAGUUCAGGGAUAGGAAUCGGUAUGUCUGCCAUGUCCACAGCCACGAGAUACCACACUUACCUCCCGCCUCCCUACCCUGGCUCAUCGCAGGCCCAAGGCAGCCCGUUCCAGACCAGCUCACCCUCCUACCACCUCUACUAUGGAACCUCCGCUGGCUCCUAUCAGUUCUCCAUGAUCUCAGGCGGAGACCGGUCCCCCCCACGCAUCCACCCACCCUGCACCAACGCCUCCACAGGAUCAACACUCCUCAACCCCAACCUCCCCAACCAAAGCGAUGUGGUUGAGGCAGAAGGCAGCCACAGCAACUCCCCCACUAACAUGGCAACCACAGCGAGGCUAGAGGAAGCGGUGUGGCGACCAUACUGA